AUGAUUGCUAUUCUUCACCUGGCCACCACCGCCCAGUUAGUUGAGGAUGCCUCAGAUGGCUUAAGCCUUGAUCCUGCCAGCGAAGCACUUCUGCUCUCGAUUUGUUUUGCUGCUGUGGUUAGUACAAAACCAGAGCAACUACACUCGGGACUAGGGCUGGAUUAUCAAUCCACAGUGCGACAUUAUGAAGAGGCGGUAAACCAGGCACUGAACCGAGCGGACUUCGUCAAAUCCGCAGAGAUUCUCGCUCUCCAGGCUGCGGUACUAUAUCUUCUCUGCAAGCGUGUACAUGGGGAUGAAAUGAUUGUGUGGGCUCAGUCCGCUGUGCUUAUUCGUCUUGCACAAAUGCAAGGCGUUCAUCGCGAUGGGAUGAAAAUCGGCCUGUCGCCGUUCGAGACGGAGAUCCGUCGACGUAUUUGGUGGCAUAUAUGCAUAUUGGACAUGCUCUGCUCAGAAGACCAAGGCGUAGAUAUGCAGAUUAGACCCGGAGCAUUCGAUACCAAUUUCCCAACAAAUGUUGACGGGGAUGACCUUGAAUCGGACAUGAUCGAGCUUCCGCCUGAGAAAAAGGGCUUCACCGACAUCACACUCUGCAUUAUAAGUUGUUUUAUGAUUAACGACGUACACUUAUCCACAAGACCCUUAGGUUCAGUCCCCUCCAUGAAAGAUCGAGAACAUUAG